UUUCAUAACACACUUCUUGUUCUCCCGCCGUUUCUCAAACCCUAGCCAGCUCCUGUUUCUAAAAUUUCUCUAAGAAAUGUUGGAGCUUCGUCUUGUUCAGGGUUCGCUCCUCAAGAAGGUCUUGGAAUCGAUCAAGGACUUGGUGAAUGAUGCCAACUUUGACUGUUCGGCCACCGGAUUCUCUCUUCAGGCCAUGGACUCGAGCCAUGUCGCCCUGGUGGCUCUUCUCCUUCGGGCGGAGGGCUUCGAACAUUAUCGCUGCGAUAGGAACAUGUCCAUGGGAAUGAACUUGAACAACAUGUCGAAGAUGCUCAAGUGUGCCGGCAAUGAUGAUAUUAUUACAAUCAAGGCCGAUGACGGCAGUGAUACUGUCACUUUCAUGUUCGAAAGCCCCACUCAAGAUAAGAUUUCCGAUUUCGAGAUGAAAUUGAUGGACAUCGACAGUGAGCAUCUUGGAAUUCCAGAUGCGGAGUACCAUGCUAUUGUUAGGAUGCCUUCUGCUGAGUUCGCUAGAAUAUGCAAAGAUCUCAGCAGCAUUGGUGAUACUGUUGUGAUUUCUGUCACAAAGGAAGGUGUCAAGUUCUCAACAAGAGGUGAUAUUGGAUCUGCCAAUGUUGUUUGCAGGCAGAAUACCACUGUAGACAAGCCUGAAGAAGCAACAGUCAUAGAGAUGAACGAGCCAGUUUCCUUGACAUUUGCUCUUAGGUAUAUGAACUCGUUCACUAAGGCAACCCCUCUUUCUAACACCGUCACCAUCAGCUUGUCUUCCGACCUACCUGUCGUCGUUGAGUACAAAAUAGCAGAGAUGGGAUAUGUUAGGUUUUACUUAGCUCCCAAAAUAGAAGAAGAUGAGGAUGAGACCAAGCCUUAGGUCUAAUAGUAGAGUUACCAUUUGUUUCUAAAUCAUUUUAGGAUGUGUUUGAACUUUUCUUUUCUGUACUAUAGCAGCUAUGAGUUGUGAUUUAGGAGUUUCUUAACGUCCAGUAUCUACUUCUCUGUUUAUGAGCUUCAAAUUCUGAUUUUUCCUC